UGAUGCUGCCAGAGUAGCUGGAAGUAAAGAGUGUGAGUUGCCCGGUGGGUGCUGGCGGCUUCCUGGCAGCGGAGCUGGGGACAUAUCGCAGUCAGAGCAAUAGCUCCAUUAACAAGACGGUGAUAAACUUGGUCAGGUGUUGGGGACACUUGGCAGAUUAGCUGAAGCCAUGACCACAGCAUUUCGUGACAAGUACAGGGACAUGGAUGAAGAUGAGCUGCUUGGCAAUCUCUCCGAAGCUGAUCUAAAACAACUUGAAAAUGUCCUGGAAGAGCUUGAUCCAGAGAAUGCACUGCUGCCAGCAGGAUAUCGACAGAAGGACCAGACAGAAAAGCAAGCCACAGGUGCUUUUGAUAGGGAUGGUCUGUUGGAUUUUUUGGAAAAGGAUGCACUUGCACAGAAGGACAGGGAGGACUAUGUGCCAUUCACAGGAGAAAAAAAAGGAAAAACAUUUGUUCCUAAACAGAAGCCCAAAGAUUUCCAUAUAGAGGAUAAGCUGUCACUUGAUCCUGAGCUGGAAGAGGCAUUGAGCAGUGCCACGGAUACAGAACUAUGUGACCUUGCAGCAAUCCUUGGAAUGCACAAUCUGCUGCCAAAUAACACAAGCAAUGGUUAUGAUAGUCAAGGAUUUCCAAAUGUGGUGAAAGCAGAACAACUAAUGCCCGUCUCUGAUGAACCUCCAAAUCCCACCAAUGUGGAAGAGAGUUUAAAAAGAAUCAAAAACAACGAUCCACGAUUAACUGAAGUUAACCUGAAUAACAUAAAGAAUAUCCCAAUUCCCACCUUAAAGGAAUUUGCGAGGGCUUUGGAAAGGAACACACAUGUAAAACUAUUCAGUAUUGCAGCUACAAGAAGCAAUGAUCCUGUUGCAGUGGCGUUUGCUGACAUGUUAAAGGUUAACCAAAGUCUGAAGAGUUUAAAUAUUGAAUCCAAUUUUGUCACUGGAACAGGCAUCUUGGCUUUGAUAGAGGCACUAAAAGAGAAUGAAACUUUACGAGAAAUUAAAAUUGACAAUCAGAGACAACAGCUGGGAACUGAGGUGGAGAUGAAGAUUGCGCAACUGCUGGAGGACAAUAUAUCAAUUCUUAAAUUUGGUUAUCACUUCACACAGCAAGGUCCACGGUCAAGGGCAGCUGCUGCCAUAACUAAGAAUAAUGAUAUCGUCCGUAAGCGAAGAGUGGAAGGGGACCACGUGUAAGCUGUAUUUAUUAUUUGAAGAGUGUGACCUAUUGCUGAAAAAUCUGCUCUGUUUGAGCAUCGGAUUCUCAGACCUGGCUGGGAAGAAGGGAAGAUACUGGAAAAUUGCAAACCAUUAUCUGAUCAUUCUUUUCACUAUAUUAGACAAACCUCGCUUCUUUUUAUUAAACCUAGUUUAAACUC